AAAAUAAAUCGUCGGCAUUCAGGGAAAACCAUUCAGUUAUAGUCACAACAGCCGAUAAUAAAUCUGAAGUUGCGUUGAACGAAGUUCUUUGAAAUGCGGGUAUUUUCGAUACCAAUAGUGGUUCUUCUGGCAUUUGUGGCCUGCCAAAACGUCCAAGGAGAUGACGCAUCACUAGAACAUUCAGACUCAUAUCUGAUAACAGAAGAACAAGCUAAAAUAAGAAUUGAAGAAAGUGUUAUAUCCCUUGAAUACAAACCCAUAAGGCCAUCAUAUUUGAGCACUGGAGGCAACGUAGCCCAAAUCAUACCACCAGGUAAACCAUGGCCAGCCACUCCAGAAGGGUACUCUAACUUCUCCCAGCUCAACACCGAAGUCAUCGAAGUGAGCGAUAAUGACGACGUUCCCCUACUCCAGUCUGCUCCCCAGAAGGGCAUGGUUUAUCUGGACAUGUCUAAACCCAACAAAAACUUGGCAGAUUCUCUUGAGGAAGUAUUGGCUCCGGAACUGGCAGACGUUAAGAUUACCGAUCAACAACAAAUAAUUUCACUCUCAAUAAACAUCAAACCACCUCCAAAAGCAACCAUGGCCUUCAUCAAAGAGUUGCAGGAAUCUGUAAGAACAGCUCUCGAAAGACUCGUACCUUACGUAGGAACAACUCUCAAAAUCGCAGUUACCAAGACUUCCACCGGAAGAAUAAUGAACGUUAAAGCCUACUUGAAGAUUGUGGUACCUUCAGCUGACAACAAAAUAAUUCUGCCUCCUUCAAACGUUCCAGAAAUAGACCUCACAAAGAGCACAUCAGGUUUGUCUCAGAGCCUUAGAAUUAUACUCACGGAGGAGCUGUCCAAAGCGGGUUACAAACCUGAAUCAAAAUCUGUUCAAGUUUUCACCUUGUCUUUCAGUAUCCUACCUCCAGAUGGGGCAACCAAAGACUAUGUGAAGCUGGAAGUUCUGAGACCAUUGCUUAAAGUUCUAAAAGGUAUCGUGCCAAGGUUAGCCAUCUCAGGUAUAUCUGUAAAGACUCAAGAGAGUGGCGAAAAGGUCUUGAGGCAGACCAUCAAUGUCAGCGUUCGAAUAAAUCCUCCUGUUGAACCAACUACCACAACUCAGAAACCUGUGACCAUUGAAAACAGAAAUAAUUUCCAAGAAGAUGAAACUCAAAAUGAGAAUGUUGUGCCUAAAAAUGCAAUCGUAACUGAAGUUGUAGAUUUAACCACGAGCAAAGUUGCAGUUGAUAACAUCAGAAAGAUUCUUGAAGAUGAACUUUCUCCUUCCUCAAACCCUUCCGAUGAUGGGAAGCCAAAGAUAUUGGCUAUUCCUUUCGUGAUGAAACGUCCGGAGACUGCUACACCAGAGCAGUUCCAAGAGGAAGUUGUUAAACCACUUGGAAAACUAUUAAUAUCAUUGGAACCCACUGGCGUUGUUGUGACAUCUAAAACUAAAGUGUCUCCUGAUGGAAAAGUAGAGGUGGUUGUGUAUUUCGAAAUCCCAUCUGUGAAAGGUUCCAAAACCUACAAGGAUCUAGAAGCCAACCGUCAGAAACCCACAGAAUCAACCCAAGCAACACAAGAACCAGUAACGGAAGCAACUCAAACUACCCCUAUAUCAAAGGGCUCUACUGAAGCUCCUCAGAAUGAAAACGAAGGAAAACUUGAAAAGGCCGUGUUGGUUAAACCUAUCGAAAUGGAAAAUAUCAAUUCUGAAACCUUUAUAAGUGACCUUAGCAAAAAAAUUAACGAAAUGUUCAAGCCAAACAGCGAUGAGCCCCAAAUUAUAGGCAUUCCAUUCAUACUGUCAAAAAAUAGUCUGAUUAUAGAAAUAGGCUUGAAGAAAGCAUUGGAAUUGAUUGCUCCCGGAAAAGUUUUACCAGAAACCCAAACCAAGAAGCUUCCCAAUGGCAAUGUUGAAUAUAUUAUCUUCAUCGAGAAACCUGCUACCACCAGCAAAAAGCCUACUGUCGAAGAACAAACGCAACCUUCAGUAGAGGUAGAGAAACCAGAAUCUCGUGAGGCUAUUGUUUCAUCUACUGUGCAACCAGAAACAUCACAAAUUACAAGUGAAGUUCCUAAAACUGAAAACGACGAACAACCUGAGAAUGUUAUUUUGAUACCACCUAUCAAUAUAAAUAAAAAUGUCGAUUACCGAACUCUCCCCGAACGUAUCCUUCGAGAAUUAGAUGAAGUGAAAAAUCCAAACAACGAUAAACCACAAAUAAUAGGUAUUCCUUUCAUUCUGCCUUCAAAUAGUUUCUUUUUGAAAGAAUCUUUGAAGAAAGGAUUAGAAAUUAUUGUACCAGGAAAAGUUCUACCAAAAACUCGAACUAAGAAUCUUCCAAAUGGAGGAGUCGAAUACAUCGUAUAUGUUGAGAAACCUGCAACCAACAAACCAACUGAAGAAACUAUUGAAGAAAAAACCAAGCCUUCAGUAGAGAAAGAGACUAGAGAAGCUGUAUCAUCAACUGUGCUGCCAGAAACAUCAGAAGUUCCUAAGACAGAAGGCGAAGAACAACCUGAGAAUGUUAUCCUCAUUCCACCUAUCGAUUUGAAAAAUACCAAAGAUGUAUAUCUCCCAGAAAAGAUUUUACGAGAAGUAUAUGAAUUGGGUGAACCAAACAACGGUAAACCACAAAUAAUCGGUAUUCCUCUCAUUAUGCCUAAGGACGGGUUGGGUUACUUCCAAGAGUUAUCCUUGAAAAAAAUGUUGGAAGCAAUUUUACCAGGAAAAAUUCUACCAAAAACCCUAACUAAGAAUCUUCCAAAUGGAGAAGUCGAAUACAUCAUCUACCUUAAAAAACCUAGCACUACCACCGAAGAAGAAAACAAACCAUCUGUUGAGGAGGAGAAUCAAGAUAUCGUGUUUCCAAGUGAAGCACCUGAAACUGUUGAAAACCCUGAAACACCUGAAACGCCUGAAACUCCUGAAACUCCUGGAACAACUGAAUCUCCUGAAUCUUCUGAAGAACCUGAACCAGAUAAUGUUAUUUUGACACCGCCAAUCCUUCUUGAACCGUUUAGUUUCGAAACUAUCAAAGAUGGAAUAGAGGAAAGAAUUGAAGAAGUAUAUAAAAAUAAUAACGGUGAGAAAAAAUUAGUAGGUCUUCCUUUCAUUCUGCCAAAGGAGCACACCUCACCGCUUCUGAUAGAAGCUUUAGAAAAUGUGCUCAAGAUUCUUUUACCUGGAAUCAACUUGCCGGUACCUAGAACGAAAAUUCUUCCAAACGGUGACACCCAAGUUACUUAUUACUACGAGUUGCCACCUAGGAAACAGGUUGAGAAUCUGGUAGAGGAACAACCUAUGGUGGAAGUAGACGUUGACCUCGACAAACCUGAUGCUUCUAUUCUAGGAGAAGUAAGUAAGGCUCUUAUAAGAGGAGUAUAUAAGGUAACCCAAAAUCCAGAAAACAAAGGAAAACCUGUAACCCUCAAGCUCAAAGUUUACACACCUGAAAAGAACUCUGCAUCAGAUAACGAAGAAGUCAUCAAACUUGUCUCGGAAAAAGUGAAGAACCUCGAACCAUCUGCUAAGGUCAUUUUAGCCAAAGCUAUCCCAGAUCGCAAGAGUUAUGAACCAAAUGGUGUUGUGGAAGUUGAAAUACCCUCAGUAGCCGAUUCUAACAGCCUACUGCUCAUCAAGAAUGCUCUAACGAUUCCCACAAUCGACAUGACCGACUUAGAAUCACCUUUAGAAGACACCAUCAAGAUUCUCCUAGAGAAAGGAUUGAAGAGUUUGGGCGAAAAGAAUCCUAAAGGAAGCCAACUGUUUGAACUUUCCUUCAAGCUUGACCCUUACGACCUUAAUGGUUCUUGUCGUAAAGCUUUAGAAGCUUUGAAGGCUUCAGAUCUCAAAGGUUUGAUAGUAUCCUAUAAGGUGUCUUCGAGACCAGAUGGUCUGGAUUAUUUAGAUGUUUGUUUCUUGAUCCCUAAGGUUGAGGAUUCUAUUAUCAUAGAGAUUGUUAAAGGGGAACAACCAGAUGUUGUUCAAGAGGCUAUUGUACCAAUCGACUCCCAGAAUCCUAUGAAAGAGUUGUUGAUAAAGGUCAUCACCGAAGUAAAUGGAGCUGUGGCUCAAGUCAGAGGAGCUGAAAAAGAUCAGCUGGUUGACCUUCCACUGAACUUCAGAUUCACCAAUUCUGAUGGCAUGUCCGACUCAAGGCUUAGUGAAGUUAUAAGUAGGACCUUGCCUUACAUAAAGAGUCAUAUAGCUCAAGCCCUACCUGAUGGACAUGUGCUAUCUGUCGAGACUUUGGGUGUACCUAACUCUGAUGACGUCAUCCUGAAGAUUAUGGUUAGGACUCCAUACCAGCCUGACAAUAAGAUCAUAAUUGAAGUGUCAAAAGCUAAACGUGCUAAAAGGCCCAAGACAGGAAGUUUUUUCAGAUUAUUCGAUGUUUAAGGAAGUUAUUUAUUGUGAUUAAUAAAUGUAUUAUAAUAUU